AUGCCAGUUACCGUCAAGUGGGGCAGAGACCGGUUCUCGUUUGACCUGCCUGCGCCAGACACUCUGCUCUCUGCUGUCCGCCAUUCGAUAGCAGCCUAUACCCAGCUGCCCUAUUCUGCCUUUCAGAUCAUCCACGAUGGCGCUGUCUGCGCAGACGACAAUGCUCCCAUCGGCGCAUACCAUCUCCGGCCCAACUCGACCAUCGCCAUCGUAGCCAACCAGGACAUGCCCCCGCCCCCAAAGAACUCGGAGCACGCCCAGAUCGCCGCCAUCCACGCCGAGCUCGCCGCCGCCCGCGCUGACCUCGCUCCCGCCCAGGCCGCCCUUCUCCGCGAUCUCGCCGACCGCCCCCGCGCCGCCCUCGCAAAGGAGCACUCCCGCAUCGCAGAGCUCCUUCUCCAGGCCCUCCUCCGCCUCGACGCCAUCAACCCCGAGCACGACUGGCUCAUCGCCCGCGCAGACCGCAAGGCCGCAGUCAAGGAACUCCAGGCGCUCCUCGACGAGCUCGAUGCAGAGUGGGCCGCCGCACAGUGA